CCAAACUGGUGAUGACUGCUGAGUCAGAAAUAGUGUGAGACUCGAAUUCGCAACUGCUCGCCAGCAGCUCAUCAGUGCUCAUCCCCUGCUGCCUACUUCCAGACCCAGUAAGCGGAGGACGCCGCCGCCGCCGACAUGAAGAUCCUGGUCGCCGUCAAGCGGGUGGUAGACUACGCCGUGAAGGUGCGCGUCAGGCCGGACCGGACGGGCGUGGAGACGGCCAACGUCAAGAUGUCCAUGAACCCCUUCUGCGAGAUCGCCGUGGAGGAGGCGCUCCGCCUCCGCGAGGCCGGCGCCGCCGCCGAGGUCGUCGCCGCCACCAUCGGCCCCACCCAGUCAACCGACACGCUGCGCACCGCGCUCGCGAUGGGCGCCGACCGCGCCGUCCACGUGCUCCACGACCCCGACCCCGCGCGGCCGCUCCUCCCGCUCGCCGUCGCCAAGAUCCUCCGCGCCGUCGCGCUCCAGGAGAAGCCCGGCCUCGUCAUCCUCGGCAAGCAGGCAAUUGAUGAUGAUUGCAACCAGACUGGACAAAUGCUAGCUGGAUUACUUCAGUGGCCCCAGGGAACCUUUUCCUCUAAGGUACUAUUGGACAAAGAGAAACAAAAAGUUACUGUGGAGAGAGAGGUUGAUGGUGGAAUUGAAACCAUCUGCCUUGAUUUGCCCGCAGUGAUCACCACGGAUUUGAGACUCAACCAGCCAAGAUAUGCAACUUUGCCAAACAUAAUGAAGGCAAAAUCUAAAGUUAUUAAAAAAGUCACCCCUGAAGAGCUCAGUGUAGAUAUUAGAUCAGACAUGGAGGUCAUUGAGGUCAACGAACCGCCGAAAAGGAAAGCAGGGGUAAUUCUUUCAUCUGUCGACGAGCUCCUUGACGAGUUGAAAAAUGAAGCACGUGUCUUAUAACAAUUUCACUGACGUUCAUGUAUGUAAGCUACAAUAAGAAUGUCUCUCCAAAUGUUCAAGCCAUUUGCCAAUAAAAAGGAGGAAUGUGUUUCCAUAAACCAAAUAAGGUGCUAUUCCAGAAAUAUCUACCUGCGGAAUUAACACU